AUGCUGAGUCUCAAUAAAUUAAUUUACUUGAAUCCAUAACCUUCUUACAAUUACAAGACUUUUGAUGGUCAUUAAAAACUUAAACUAUUAUUUAUCAGAACAAAGCAAAAUAAACAUUAAAUUCCUUGUUUAUUCAUCAAAGCCAACUCAGAUGAAUAUCUCUUGUAUUUUCAUAGUAAUGCCGAGGAUAUAGGCACAUGUUAUGAGUUUACAUCUGGUUUGAGUUAAGGACUUAAUGUAAAUGUCAUUUGUAUGGAAUAUCCAGGAUAUGGGAUUUACACAUAAGCUGAACCUUCUUAGCAAUAAAUUGAGAAGGAUGCAGAAGAUGUCUUUAUUUAUAUUAAUUUGGAAUUAAGAGUUCCUGAUUCUAAACUGACUAUUUUUGGAAGGUCCAUUGGAACUGGCCCAGCUUGCUUCUUAGCAUCAAUCUAUUAACCAAAAGCAUUAAUUUUAUUGAGUCCAUUCACUUCUAUAAAAGCUGUUGCUAAAAAACAUUAUGUAGAAAUUCAUCAUCCUUUAUAGGAUUAAUUUAAUAAUGUACAAAGGGCCAAUAAGAUUUCAUGUCCUUGCAUCAUCAUUCAUGGUAAACUAGAUAAAUUUAUUCCAAUUUAAAUGGCAGAGGACCUUUACAAAAACUUGGCUUCUAAAAGAAAAACAUUUUUUUACCCUGAGGACAAGGAUCAUAAUAAUUUCAAUUUUUAAUAUGAUUUAAAAGUGAUUUUUUAGAACUUCAUUAAAGAAAUUGAAUAGUUAAAUCAUAUGAUUUUGCCUAAUUGA